UAGUGAGAGAGAGUGAGAGUCAGUCUAAUACACAACAGUCUAAUCAAGUAUUCAUUACUGACUUGAAGUUAGAAUACAUUUGAUAUGCAAUAGAAAAAAGUGUUUUAUUUAUGUGUUAUUAUUAUUAUAGACUGUAAUAGUCAUUGAAAUUAAUUGAUUCAAUGAAACACAAGUCAUUAAAAUAUUAAAAAACAAUAAUUUAAUUAUUAAUUGAUUUAAAAACGACAACAAAUUAAAGAAAUCAUUUGAAAGACACUGUUGUGUGUGAGUGUGUGUCCAUCACAAGCACCGGCAUCACACCAUCGGCGGCAAAAUGUCCGGCACUUUGACGUCUGUUCGGCAAUGGUUUUGGUCAGAGCCGGUAUGGAUACCACCCAACACCACAUGGAGUCUCUAUGAAGAUAAUUACCGACACUUCAAUGAUAUCUAUUAUUCACUUAUAACCGCUGUUUUCUUGAUUGGCAUCAGAUUCACACUCGAGAGGUAUAUCUACGCACCGGUCGGCAUAUAUUUAGGUUUACGGCCAACACAUGGCAAGAGUCCGCCCCAUAACGCCAUCCUUGAACAGGCGUUUCGCGCCUCAAAAGGAAAGCUAAGUCACAAACAGAUUCAAGGCUUAUCCAAACAGUUGGAUUGGACUGAAAGGCAGGUGCAGAGAUGGGUGCGCCUAAAGACGGCAUGUAAUAGACCGACAGUGCUCUCCAAGUUCACUGAAAGCGCAUGGCGAUGUAAUUUCUAUUUUGUAUCAUUUGUUUAUGGAGUUUAUGUACUUUGGGACAAGCCAUGGAUGUGGGACUCAAUGUAUUGUUUCAUCGAUUAUCCACAUCAUUCCAUAUCAAGUGGUGAAUGGUUUUACUAUAACUUUGAAACAGCUUUCUAUUUGGCAUUACUUUUCUCGCAAUUCAUUGACGUUCAGAGAAAAGAUUUUUGGGCGAUGUUUAUCCACCACGUGGUAAGUCUUUGUUUACUAGGCUUUUCGUGGGCCUGUAAUCUGGUCAGAAUCGGUACACUUGUUCUACUAAUACACGACUUUGCAGACAUACCUUUAGAGGGUGCAAAAAUGAUGGUUUAUGUGAAGAAACAGCGUCUGGCAGACGGAAUAUUUGUCGUAUUUACCGUUUGCUGGAUUGUCUCCCGUAUCGGUCUACUCCCGUACCGAAUAUUAUAUUACUCAUUAUAUAAGGCAUUGGAUGUCGUGCCUAUGUUUGCAGCAUAUUAUAUAUUCAAUGGACUUUUAUGUGCCCUCCAAGCGCUUCAUAUUGUGUGGACCUGGUUUAUAGUGAGGAUAGCCAUACAUGCUGUCAACAAUAAUGGAAUCAAAGAUUUACGUUCUGACGAUGAAUCGAGUGAAGGAUCACUAAAAGACUCGUCGGAUGAACUGUUGAACGGAGCCAUCGAUGGCAGUAAUGUCUUGAAUAAGAACUAUUCUAAUGGCGGUUUGAAAACAGUCACAAAUUCAUCGAUUAAUUUAAUAACAAAUAAUCACAAUAAGAGUCAGAGACGGCAUUCAAAUGAUGACAACUUGUGAUUAUUCAUUUCAUAGACUUUAUUAAUACAUAAACUAAAAUCAUUAGCCUUUUUAAAUAAUUAUGAAAUUUAUUAUUUGCUUGUAUUGUAUAUCUCUAAACAUAUACUGAAUAUUAUAGUUCUCUAAAUGACAAAAAGUGACCAAAUUUUGGAAUAUUUUUGAUUCUUUACUAUUAUUUAUUGAUAUUUUUAAAAAACAAAACAUGUUUAUAAGUUUGCAAUCUCGAUGCCUAUAUUAUAAGUGAGUUAAAUAACGAUAAAAUUAUAAUCAUAUACAUAAUUAACUAAUUAAUAACUUAAUGAAUAGAUUAUAUAAAAUUAUAUUACGGUAAUGUCACGAAAGCCAUCUUUAAUUAUAAAUAAGCGUUAAUUUAAUUAAAAAAAUAAGUUAAUUAUCCGGCAAUGUGUAAAUUUUUUAUUCAUUUUUUAAAAAUAAUUGUUAUUUUAUUAAACUGUAAAAGUUGAAAAUUACGAAUAUAACGAUUAGUUUAUAUAUGUGUCCGGUAAUUAUUUUUGUUUUUAUGAURAAAAUUUAUUUUUUAAUAAUCAAAAUAUAAUUUUACAAAAGCAAUUAUAAAUUUGUAAAAAUCUCAUUUUUAUAAUGUAUUAUUACUGUACGCUGAUUGAUUAUAAUAAUUUUAUUAUAUGCAUUAUACUGUAAAUGUUUUAUGUUUAUUUGUUUAUUACGAAAAUUUGUUUAUCUAAUUUAUUUUCAAUUAAAUAAAUUUAAAUAUAAUUCA